GCUGUCCCAGCCGUGCGCUCCCUGUCGCGCCGUCGGAGCUGGGCUCGCAGCCUCUCGCGGCCUGACACCGCCUCCAGCGGCCCGCAGCUGGCCGUCGAGGGCCAGCGGCUGGCGAGCGCGGGGAUCAGGGGAGGACCAGGGUGGGCGCCGUCCAGCCUCGGGCGCGGGGCACAGCUAGCGAGGGGCGAGGCGCGGGGACGCCGGGGUGGCUGCGAUGGUGGCCACGUGCCUGCAGGUUGUGGGCUUCGUCACGAGCUUCGUGGGUUGGAUCGGGAUCAUCGUCACCACGUCCACCAAUGACUGGGUGGUGACUUGCGGCUACACCAUCCCGACGUGCCGCAAGCUGGACGAGCUGGGCUCCAAGGGGCUGUGGGCGGACUGCGUCAUGGCCACGGGGCUGUACCACUGCAAGCCCCUGGUGGACAUCCUCAUCCUGCCGGGUUACGUGCAGGCCUGCCGAGCCCUGAUGAUCGCAGCCUCAGUCCUGGGCCUGCCGGCCAUUCUCCUGCUGCUGACAGUUCUCCCCUGCAUCCGCAUGGGCCAUGAGCCUGGCGUGGCCAAGUACAGGCGGGCCCAGCUGGCUGGGGUUCUGCUCAUUCUGCUGGCUCUCUGCGCCAUUGUUGCCACCAUCUGGUUCCCUGUGUGCGCCCACCGUGAGACCACCAUCGUGAGCUUUGGCUACUCCCUGUACGCCGGCUGGAUUGGUGCCAUUCUCUGCCUCGUGGGUGGCUCUGUCAUCCUCUGCUGCGCUGGAGAUGCGCAGGCCUUUGGUGAAAACCGUUUCUACUACUCUUCGGGCUCCAGCUCCCCCACUCACGCCAAGAGUGCCCACGUAUAAGAGAGCUGCCGGCCUGCCCACGGAGGUGCUGUAGAUGCUGGGCCCAGGGCCCUAGGUUUGCUCACCACAGAUGGGAGAAGCCCAUUCCUCUGCAGGCUCCGAAGCCAAAGGUCUAGAAAAGCAUCCUGUCUGGCAUUUUGUAGUCUUAACACCCUGCUCCCAUUUUGUUGCCUUAAAAAAUAAAUCUUUAGCUCAGAUAAUGCCCACACGGUUUUCUCAUGGUUUUGCCCACUGUUAGCUCUUGGGCAUUCUUUUGUUGCCCAUAAAAAUUAUACCUCGAUGUAUUUUCGCUCUCUCUCUUUAAAUUUCAAACAUCUUGUAAACAUUGCUGAGUUGGGUAUGGGGGAGAGAAAUAAAAGACACUUUUCAAACUGUUGUUACAGAUGACACUGGGAGCCUCAUAAAGAUGCCUCUCUGUUCCCUGCCUCCUCUUCAGCUCCGAGGUCACUUAGUCAUAAGCUAGAAAAAGAUAGAAUGGGGACAUGGGGUG